GCCGAAUCUGAUAUCAAAAAAAGUUAAAGCUGAAUAAAAAGAUUUCUUCUUCCCAAAGCCAAAAAUCUCAGUACAAAGGAGAAACAACACAGAGAGCUCUUUCGGAAGAAAUCGAGAGAAAGAAAUCAUGGGUCAAGGACCAUCCGGAGGUUUGAAUCGGCAGGGAGAUCGGAAGCCUGAUGGCGGCGACAAGAAGGAGAAAAAGUUCGAGCCGGCGGCACCACCGGCUCGUGUAGGAAGAAAGCAGCGGAAGCAGAAAGGGCCUGAGGCGGCGGCACGACUUCCGACGGUGACUCCGUCUACUAAGUGCAAGCUCCGGCUGCUAAAAUUGGACCGGAUCAAGGAUUAUUUGUUGAUGGAGGAAGAGUUUGUGGCGAACCAGGAGCGGCUGAAACCUCAGGAGGAGAAGGCCGAGGAAGAUAGAUCUAAGGUCGAUGAUCUCCGUGGUACACCGAUGAGUGUUGGAAAUCUGGAGGAAUUGAUUGACGAGAAUCACGCAAUCGUCUCUUCUUCAGUUGGGCCUGAGUACUAUGUUGGGAUACUGUCGUUCGUUGAUAAAGAUCAACUCGAACCUGGAUGCUCGAUUUUGAUGCACAAUAAGGUUCUCUCUGUUGUUGGCAUUCUCCAAGAUGAAGUGGAUCCGAUGGUCUCUGUGAUGAAAGUUGAGAAGGCUCCUUUGGAGUCAUAUGCUGACAUUGGAGGUUUAGAAGCUCAGAUUCAGGAGAUUAAGGAAGCAGUUGAGCUGCCUCUAACUCAUCCCGAGUUGUAUGAAGAUAUUGGUAUUAAGCCUCCCAAGGGUGUGAUUUUGUAUGGUGAGCCUGGAACUGGGAAGACACUGCUUGCUAAGGCAGUGGCGAAUUCGACAUCAGCUACUUUCUUGAGAGUUGUUGGUAGUGAGCUGAUUCAGAAGUAUUUGGGAGAUGGUCCCAAGCUUGUGAGGGAGCUUUUCAGAGUUGCCGAUGACCUUUCACCAUCAAUUGUCUUCAUAGACGAGAUUGACGCCGUUGGUACCAAGCGGUACGACGCUAACUCAGGAGGUGAACGUGAGAUCCAAAGAACUAUGUUGGAACUUCUGAACCAGCUUGAUGGAUUCGAUUCAAGAGGGGACGUCAAGGUCAUCCUCGCCACAAACAGAAUCGAGUCUCUUGACCCGGCACUUCUUCGACCUGGACGUAUUGAUAGGAAAAUCGAGUUCCCUCUUCCAGAUAUCAAAACAAGAAGACGCAUCUUCCAGAUACACACAUCGAAGAUGACUCUAUCAGAAGAUGUAAACCUGGAAGAGUUUGUGAUGACGAAAGACGAGUUCUCAGGAGCUGAUAUAAAGGCUAUAUGCACUGAGGCUGGUUUGCUUGCUCUCAGGGAGCGUCGUAUGAAGGUGACACAUCCGGAUUUCAAGAAAGCCAAGGAGAAGGUUAUGUUCAAGAAGAAGGAAGGCGUCCCUGAAGGCCUUUACAUGUAAAAUCAUCAGCAUAUCAUCAUCAUCAUCAUCAUCGUCAUCUUUUGACUUCCUCUGCUCUUUUUUUAUAAUACAUUUGCUUCUGCUUAGGAUCGUUCUGGUCUUAUAAAUUUAUGCCGUGUGAUCUCCUUCAAAUAACAAUUCAUGUUUUCCAUUUUGAAAUGCCUACUUCGGUUUACUCUUUUUAUUAGAACCGAAUGUUAUCGAAUCUGAGAGAAUCAAAUAACAUUAAAAAGAUAAAUUCACUUCCUCGACAAAGACAAUAACAAAGCAUAGCCCUUGCA